GUCGCUUGAGGGAGGUUGUGGUAGUAUUUCUCGGACUCUAACACAAGGUCAUCAUUUACGUUACUCUAAUUGUGUCACUCAGAUAAAGUCUGCACGUAGACACGAUAUUGUCUAUCUUUUUCAGACAACUGUUGCUGAGUAAUUUCUGCCAUACGAACAUCUGGCGUGCCAUUCACUGAUUCAGUUUCGUGCGAAAGCCACCAAUUGUGAACAACUCAUGUUCGUCAAGGUUUACGGACCUCUGCAGGCUGCAGGUAUGAAGUGCCCCUUCUUGUCACGCCUCCCUGCGCAGUUUGUUCGUCACCAUGGAGCUGCAUUACUGCAGCAGUAUGGGGGUUUUUGCACGAGGCUGCGUGCUUUGGCCUUGGAAAAUUCUGGAAGCUCAGCAUUUUCCACCUCAGCCACUGCUGCAAUGCCCUCAACUGCACACCAUGUUGAUGCUUCUUCCACUUCUGGGCCUGCUGAUGGAGGGAGGCAGUCACCAACUGCAUUGAAGUGCCCUUUUCUUCGUGACGUCUCAUCUGAGAAGCAGAUGGACUCGAGUGUUGUGGCCGCUGCAAGCCCAGAAGUGCAUGAUGACAUCAUUGCUCUGAGCAUCAACGAGAGUGUUGCUGGCGCAGACAUCUCUAGUGAGCUGAAGGUGGAUCAGGCUGCAGCCUUGCCUACGCCGCAUCAGUUUGCUUACUCUGAAUGCUUCAAAGAAAAGCUGGCUGCUAAAAAAGCUGAUCACUCGUACCGAGUGUUCCGUAAGGUGGCUCGCAUGGCUAACAGCUUUCCGCAUGCUAAGGAGCACACGGGUCAUGAAAAGCGCGUCAAUGUCUGGUGCUCCAAUGACUAUCUUGGCAUGUCGCGCGACCCUCGCGUGAUGGAAGGAGCCAAGAAAGCAAUCGAUCAUUUCGGGACAGGGGCUGGCGGCACCCGCAACAUCUCGGGCAACACCAUCCUGCACGAGGCGCUCGAGAAGAAACUCGCCGAGGUGCACCAGAAGGAGCGAGCCCUCGUCUUCACCUCCUGCUUUGUUGCUAAUGACACGACGCUCUUCACUCUGUCUCGUCAACUGCCUGGCUGCCACAUAUUUUCUGAUGCGGGUAACCACGCCUCGAUGAUACAAGGCAUCCGUAACUCCGGAUGUCCCAAGCACGUGUUCCGCCACAACGACCCCGAGCACCUGGAGGAACUGCUGCAAAAGGUGCCGCGUCACGUGCCCAAAAUUGUCGCAUUCGAAACUGUGCAUUCCAUGACGGGUGCAGUGUGUCCUUUACAGGACAUGUGUGAGGUGUCGCAUCGUUACGGGGCGAUGACCUUCGUUGACGAGGUGCACGCUGUGGGGCUCUACGGUCGCCGCGGGGGUGGAAUAGGCGAUCGUGACGGCCUCUCUCAUGAGAUUGACAUCGUCUCGGGGACUCUGGGGAAGGCGUUUGGUAACUUAGGCGGGUACAUCGCUGGCAGCGAAGAGGUGGUGGACAUGGUGCGUAGCUACGGCGCGGGUUUCAUCUUCACCACUUCCUUGCCGCCCUCGGUCCUGGGUGGCGCUCUAGCCGCCAUUGAGAUCCUGAGCAGCGAAGAAGGUGUGAAACUGCGCAGCCAACAUCAAGCGGCAGUGCGGCUGCUCAGGCAGUCUCUUACUGAUGCUGGUCUGCCUGUGGUGCACUGCCCAUCGCACAUCAUCCCCGUACACGUUGGCAACCCAGCGCACGCAACAUUAGUGAGCGACGUGCUGUUGUCUGAAUAUCAUCACUAUGUGCAAGCCAUCAACUACCCGACCGUGGCGCGCGGAGAGGAAAAGCUGCGUCUUGCUGCUACUCCCUACCACACCCCGGAGAUGAUCAACAUGCUCGUCAAGGAUCUUGUUACCGUGUGGCAAGACGUCGGUCUUCCUCUUGACCACAAAUGUGCUGAGAGCAAAGAAUGCACUUUCUGCAAGAAGCCCUUGAACUUCACGGUGUACGAGGACCGUGCUAACGCCCUGCCUCGUUCGGCCUGCGACAAGCCGUACUGCCCUCGCCUCAGCGCCGCUGCUGCAUAAUCUCUCGAGUUUUCCAGUUGAGCCUGCAGGAGGCCUCACGUAGCGGCAUCGUCGGUCGGGGUUUUGAGUCGCUGCCUGAAGCCUUUGUGGUAGUCAACUUAAAUUUGCUUUGUUUGAAAUCAAUGUGCGUAUAAAAGCUUUUGCUUAGAUGUCGAUGUCCUUCACGGAUGCUGUCGAAUUAAAUUCACUGAUACAGUUCAUACGCCAGUUCAAUUAAUUAUUUGCUUGGAAGACGUUAUUUAUGCCGGAGUUUUAAAUUGGCCGAUGUUUGCUUGCGUUAAUGUCUAAUUAUUAGUGUGAAUACACUGCCGUGCGCAGUUUACAGAAAUUUUAGUAUACAUGUAAAGGGAUUUGCUGCUGUGGAAUUCGUAACGAAAUUUGCAGUUUCUGAUGAUUUACAAUGGAAAAGUAGCAAUUUGGUAAAGUGAACCUCGUAAAGAUUAACAUGAACAAUUAGGUAAAGUUGUAAUAUCAAAAUGAAAAUUCUGGCACCAAAAUACCAAACAAAAUAUAGUAAUCACUAUUUUAAUUGCUGAAGGUUCCAAUAAGUGGUGGCUGCUCCGAUUUGUAUUCGUUCUGGGCUUCUAAACAUUUUUAAUAGCCUUUAUUUUGAGAAGGAUUUGACGCCACAGGCACAAAUCUUCAUUCCAACUAUUAUCCAUCCAGAUUAUAUUUAUUUUAAUAAAUGUCCAUCGAAAAAUACACCUAAGGUUUAAAUGAGAUUAUAAUAUAGAUGUUAUAAAUUAUAACAAGAGUCUAACUGUUGCAUCAAUUCUAUUGUACGAUUGUUCAUUAAAAGAGCUGCUUCGAA